AUGGUACAAACAGGUCAUUUGCCCCUCACCUCCCCAGAUCAACAGGUCAUUUGCAUUUUAUUCUUUUAUUUCAUUGUCUGUUUUUUUAAUCAGUCUGUAUCUCUUUGUAUUUCUAUCUAUUUGUCUCUCUUUUUUUCUGUAGCUAUUUCAUUGUCUCUGUUUUUUUACUCACUCUGUCUCUCUUUGUAUUUCCCUCUUUCUACUUCACUAUUUGUCUCACUUUUUCUCUGUGGAUAUUUUAUUGUCUCUCUUUUUAAUCAGCCUGCUUUCCUUUCUAUUCCUCUCUUUCUAUAUACCAGGUUGUCUCUUUUUUUCUCUGUGGUUAUUACAUUGUCUCUCUUUUUUAAUCAGUCUGUCUUCCUUUCUAUUUUUCUCUUUCUAUUUCUCUAUUCAUCUCUCUUAUUUUCUUCUUACUUUCUUUUUUAUUUUCUUCAACUUUCUUGUUCUUUCUUUCUUUCUUUCUUUCUUUCUUUCUUUCUUUCUUUCUUUGCUAUUUUGUCUCUCUUUCUCAUUCUUUUUGUCUUCAAAGAUUUUUUUUCACACUUUCUCUUUUUAUCUCUGUUUCAUUCUCAUCUAUAUGUCUGUCUUAAUUUGAAUUUAUCUAUCUAUCUAUCUAUCUAUCUAUCUAUCUAUCUGAAUCUGAAUCUAUCUUAA